GAGUUCGGCGCUGGCACACGAGUACCGUGGCAGCCAAGAAAAUGCUUAUGUGCCGGGGGGCCCCCGUGAGCAAUCACGUGCAGGGCCCUGGGCUCCCCCGGCUGGGCGGCAGCUUGCAGGCCUUAGGGAUCCGCUUGAGCGCGAUGAGCCCCCGUUACCUCCAGAGUAACUCCAGCAGCCACACGCGACCCUUCAGUGCCAUCGCGGAACUGCUAGAUAACGCUGUAGAUCCAGAUGUAUCCGCUAGAACAGUCUUUAUAGAUGUUGAAGAGAUCAAGGGUAAAUCUUGUUUGACCUUUACUGAUGACGGAUGCGGAAUGACACCCCAUAAACUACACCGGAUGCUCAGCUUUGGCUUUACAGAUAAAGUAAUGAGGAGGAGCCAGUGUCCGAUUGGGGUCUUUGGUAAUGGUUUCAAGGCAGGCUCCAUGCGGCUAGGAAAAGAUGCUCUUAUCUUCACCAAGAAUGGGGGUACUCUCACUGUUGGGCUCCUGUCCCAGACCUAUCUGGAAUGUGUCCAGGCCCAGGCAGUUAUUGUACCAAUUGUUCCAUUCAGCCAGCUGACAAAAAAAAUGAUUGUCACUGAGGAUUCCUUGCCCAGCCUAGAAGCCAUCUUGAACUAUUCCGUUUUCAACAGUGAAAUUGAACUUCUGUCCCAGUUUGACACCAUCCCAGGCAAAAAAGGCACUCGCAUUCUCAUUUGGAACAUCCGCAGAAAUAAAGAUGGAAAGCCUGAGUUGGACUUUUAUACAGAUCAAUAUGACAUCCUGGUAUCAGACUUUGGCACAGACCUGAGAACAACUGGUAGUACCUCGAUAAUUCCCGAAACAGAGUAUUCUUUACGGGCUUUUUGUGGUAUUCUAUAUAUGAAGCCACGAAUGAAAGUUUUUCUACGUCAAAAGAAGGUGAGGACCCAGCUGAUUACCAAGACCCUGGCUGGUGUAGAACAUGAGCUGUAUAAACCCAGUUUCAUAAAUAAGCAGGUGAGAAUCACUUUUGGGUUCUCUUGCAAGAAUAAUGGCCAGUUUGGAAUAAUGAUGUAUCACCACAACCGUCUCAUUAAGGCAUUUGAGAAGGUGGGAUGCCAGCUGAAGCCAACUCAUGGAGAAGGUGUGGGAGUCAUUGGAGUCAUAGAGUGCAACUUCUUAAAACCUGCCUACAACAAACAAGAUUUUGAGUAUACAAAGGAGUAUCGGCUUACAAUGAAUAUCCUUGCGCAGAAGCUUAAUGCUUAUUGGAAACAAAAGACGACACCCCAAGGGGGGGAUGCCCAGGGCUUAACCAUAGUGCGGCCAAGAUGGGUGAUUCCUGAUGAGACUUGGGUACAGUGUGAUGAGUGUCUUAAAUGGAGGAAACUUCCUGGCGUGGUUGAUCCAGGGACAUUACCUGCAAGAUGGUUUUGUUACUAUAAUUCCCAUUCAAAAUACAGGAGAUGCUCUGUUCCGGAGGAACACGAUAUCACUAAUGAAGAUUUGAAGAAGGCUAAGAAACAAGAGCAGACUGUUGCGAAGAAGGUGCCCAUGGAAAAUGAGAACUUCCAGGUGCUCACCAGUCCACGGACGAUCCCUGCUCUUCCAGCGAUGGCUGCAUUUAAUCACAGGACCAUCACCUAUGAAGGAAUUGAUUGCCCGCCACUGCCUCCAGCCAUUGAAAAAGAAGGCGGAAUUCCUCCUCUUCAACUGAUUAUGCCUGUGGACUGCAGCAUGUUUCAGAGUUCCAGCCAGUACAGUUGGACCCUAGGGGAGGAACCUGUUGAGAAGCGAAGAAGGCUCCACAAUGAGAUGGCACCGCCUCCUCUAGAUUAUUCCAUGCCUAAACGUCACCAGCGGAGAGAGGCAGCAGUGGCUGCCUACCCAGAAGGGGAAAACAGUCAAGAUAAUGCCAGGGUGGAGAGAAGCACACCACCACGUCUUUUCCCAGAAUACCCCGAAGCAAGCAAGCAUACCAGUCAGAGUAGGGAGAUUUCUGCUCUCUAUGCAGAGGCCCAAGGGCAAUGCGCAGAGGCCCUGCUCCCUGAAUUAGAUCAGAUGCCAAGAUUGGUAGCCGAAGAAUCCAACAGUGGUAGCACCACCUUAAACAAAGAAGAAGUGAACAAGGGGCCUUUUGUAGCUGUUGUCGGUGUUGCCAAAGAUAUUAGAGAUGCAGGAGGUCCCAUUCAGCUGAUUCCAUUCAACAGAGAGGAGCUUGCUGAGAGAAGAAAAGCAGUUGAGCCCUGGAGUCCCCUGUCUUAUUCUUCUGUGGCCGCUGCCGCAGCUACUGGGGAGAAAAGAACCAGCUCUGAGGAGAGUGGAGGUCGUCAUACACCCAAACAUAAGAACCAGAGAGAGCUGGAAGAAUUGAAGAGAACCACAGAAAAACUUUUGACUGAAAGAAAUGUGUUCCAGCAAAAGGUGCAGGAGCUGGAACAGGAGAGGGACCACUGGCAUUCGGAAUUCAAGAAGGUCCAACAUGAUUUGUUGGCCUACAGUACCCAGGAGACAGAAGGCUUAUAUUGGAGCAAGAAGCACAUGGGUUAUCGCCAAGCUGAAAUCCAGCUUCUAAAAGCUGAGCUGGAAAGAACCAAAGAGGAAAAACGAGAGCUAAUGGAGAAACUAAAGGAGGCAGAGAGCCGCCUGGAGAUGCUGCAGAAGGCUCAAGUCACCGACCGGACCCCAGAGGGAGAGGACCUAGAAAGGGCUUUGGCAAAACUUACGAGGCUGCGUAUCCACGUCAGCUAUCUCCUUACUUCUGUCCUCCCUCACUUGGAGCUUCGCGAGAUCGGGUUUGACUCAGAACAAGUGGAUGGGAUCCUCUACACAGUGCUGGAGGCAAAUCACAUUCUGGAUUGAACAGCACACUCUGGUCUCCUCUCUUCUCCUUCCUCCCUAACCCAGUACUUUCCCUCCCUCCUUCCCUCCUCCUCCUCCUCCUCUUCCUCUUCCUUUCUCUCUCUCUCUUUCUCUCUCCCUGCCUCUCCGUCUCUCUCACCUUUAUGCCUUAAAGGGAAUCUCGGGGUAAAUCCGGGCUCUGAUUCAAUCUGCAGCUAACUCAGAUUGGGUGUAGGGAGAGGCCAGUUAAGAAGGCUUUCUAGAGUCCAGGAACAGAAAAGCAAAAGUCACCGAGCUUAGGGGAGCUGAAAGCUUUAACGUUUUAUAGGACCGAUUUCACACAUGUCUGAGUUCAUAUCCUUUCUCAGUUGGUUUGCAUUCAUUUAAGUUGAAUCUGUCAUCAGCUAGUGGGGCCUCCGUAGCAGGUAUUUGAGGGGUAACUAAGAAGGAUGACCUUUGGCUCCAGACGUGAAGAAUCUCAUACUCUAGUUGGAAGCACAAGAUGUCCACCAGGCUAAUGUGUGGCCCAAAGGGAGUGACCCCAAAAUGACAAGAAGAUCUGGGGAAGGAAGCUCAAGGAAGGUCUCAAUCACAGCAGAAAAUGGGACCGAAACUAAGAUUUAAAGAAUGAACGUGACCCGACUGGUACCAACGGUUGCUCUUUAGGUGAUAGAUUAAUGAUGAAUGUUUUUUCUUCUCCCUGUCUUCCUGCCUUUUUUCAAAUUUUCUAUAUUAAAGCAUGUUAUUCUUCUUGGAUUAGAAAAAAAUAAAGUGUUUCAAAAAUAAA